GCUGCCCAGGCCUGUGCAAACUAACCUGAGCCCGGCAUGGCGGAGCAGCGCCUUCCGGUGCCCCGGCUCCGGGGCGUCUCGCGGGAGCAGUUCAUGGAGCAUCUCUACCCACAGAGAAAGCCUCUUGUGUUGGAAGGACUGGACUUGGGAUCUUGUACAAGCAAAUGGACAGUGGAUUACCUGAGCCAAGCUGGAGGGACGAAAGAAGUGAAGGUUCACGUUGCUGCAGUCCCACAGAUGGACUUCAUUAGUAAGAACUUUGUGUAUAGAACAUUACCAUUUAACAAGCUGGUCCAGAGAGCAGCCGAAGAAACGCAUGAAGAAUUCUUUAUUUCAAAGGAUGAGAAAUACUACUUACGGUCACUUGGAGAAGACCCGAGGAAGGAUGUUGCAGAUAUCAGACAGCAGUUCCCAUCGUUAGGAGGAGAUAUUAAGUUUCCAAUAUUCUUCGAAGAGGAGCAGUUCUUUUCCAGCGUUUUUCGAAUUAGUUCACCUGGAUUGCAACUCUGGACUCACUAUGACGUAAUGGAUAACUUUUUAAUACAAGUAACAGGAAAGAAGCGAGUUACACUGUUCAGUCCUCGAGAUGCACACUAUUUGUAUUUAUCAGGUUCUAAAUCAGAAGUGCUGAAUAUUGACAGCCCAGACCUGGAUAAAUACCCACUCUUUGCUAAGGCGAGGAGGUAUGAGUGUUCCCUUGAGGCUGGUGAUGCUCUGUUCAUUCCUGCUUUAUGGUUCCAUAAUGUAAUUUCUAAAGAGUUUGGCGUGGGCGUGAAUGUCUUUUGGAAGCACCUUCCAUCGGAAUGCUAUGACAAAACAGAUACCUACGGCAACAAAGACCCUGUAGCAGCAUCCAGAGCUGUGCAGAUCUUGGACAGAGCUUUGAAAACACUGGCUGAACUACCGGAGGAAUACAGGGACUUCUAUGCACGCCAAAUGGUCUUACGCAUUCAAGACAAAGCCUACAGCAAGAACUUUGAGUAAAAAAAAUGAACUAAAUGUAGUAAAAAUUUAAAAAUAAAUAAAAGCUUAAGUAUUUGAAACCUAUAACAAGAUAUAAACAUUUAAAGAUGUUUUUU